AGAUUCUUAGAUCAGGCCAUUGCUUCAUUCGCCAUGCUGUGCCUUGCCAUCGCAGCGCUUCUUACGCAGUCGGCCGUGGCCAUCCGGAAAAACGCAGAAGGUGAGGAUCUUGGGCUUCCGCCAAGCCACGGUCCCUGGUAUGGGGAUCUCGGUGGCACAUCUCAGCUGCAGACGCACCAAUGGCAUGGCGCCAAUGGCAUGGGUGCACAGCGCCUCGCACUUUGCGAGGGGUUGGGGGCGGCCAUGCAAGGCAUGAAGGGUCACAUCUUGCACUGCGAAGCCCAGUUGUCCAAAAUCCGAAAGGCCUUUGAGGUCCCAGAUGCAGACGAGAUUCUGAAGAGCAACAGCAUCGACUUGGCAGAAGCAGAGGAGAGUGCGGGCAAAAGUGGCGCCCAGAUGAUCUUUAGCAAAGACAAGAAAUACAUCAUCAAGACCAUGGCCGAGCGAGACCUGAAAGCCUUGGAAUCCGUGAUCAAUUUGUACGUGUCACACAUUGUGGGUCAUUCCAGUACUUCUGAGAUGAUGAGGCUCUAUGCCAUCAUUGAGGAUCCUCAGGGUGGCUUCUGGACUAUUGGCAACAACUGGUUGCCGGUGAGCUUUCCCAUCGUAUGGGACCUGAAAGGUUCCCGAGUGGGCCGCGAAAGUCCUAAACACAGUCGUUCCAAGAAGGACAAAGAUUGGUUAAAGGAGUCCAAAGCUUUAGCAGUGCCAGCAGACCAACGCACGUCCAUCCUACAAGCACUGGAAAGUGAUAGUGAGUUGCUUGCUCGUUCCAAACUCAUUGAUUACUCCCUCAUCGUGGGGCAGUUGAAAUAUGACUUGCAAGCAUGUGACGGGCCGAAUCAACCCAGGUGCGUUGCACCUGUUUGUCAUCCACAGGGAGGCUGUGGUGAAACUGCAUACGCCUUGGGUGCGAACUUCGAUGACAUCAAGAAAUUCUAUUGUUCAAAGGGCUCUGUCAAAGAGCCUGAGCCCGGGCAUACAUGUGUGGGCGGCAUCACUUCUGGUCUGCAGAUCUACUUCCAGUGCUUUGGCAUCAUUGACCUGUUGAAGCCAUUCGAUCUGAAGAGUAGGUUGGAGUACACCAGCAAGGGAGGCUUUGCACGGCAGGUGUCUGUGCAGCCUUCAGGUGCUUACGCCCGACGCUUCCGAGACUUCAUGCAGCGCCAUGUCUUCCCCAAGAAGCUGGCAGAGACCACAGCGCCACUGAUCUUCAGCCCAGAGCUCUGCAGGGGCUGGGGCAGACGACCACUUCCAUGGCAAUUCUUCGACAGAGAGGGCUAGGCCUGCAUGGCGGCGACGGUGCCAGCACAUCAGCCGGUGGAAGAAAA